GUUAGAGGCAACCGGCGAGGCGAGAACGCCUGAACGUGGUCGGUUGGAGACAAUAUGUCUGUCCGGAGGCACAUUGGGAAUCCCGAGUAUCUGACCAAAAGGAUACCACGGAACCCAAAGUAUCAACAUGUCAAGUCAAGACUGGAUACUGGAAACAGUAUGACCAAGUACAUUGAGAAGCUAGAAGAAAUCAAAAAGAAUUAUAGAUACAAAAAAGACGAACUUUUCAAGAGACUUAAAGUUACAACUUUUGCUCAGCUGGUCAUCCAAGUUGCUUCCCUCUCUGAUCAGACACUGGAAGUGACAGCUGAAGAGAUCCAAAGGCUAGAAGACAAUGACUCUGCAACUUCAGAACCUGAUGCAGAGACUGCAGUCAGGACCAAUGGGAAAGAGAGCCCCACUGAGCAAGCACCAAGCCCUGUCAACUUCAUCAAUAGCACAGGAAUUGGGGACUCAAGCCGUUCCACUCUUCAGAGUGUCAUCAGCGGUGUUGGGGAACUGGACUUGGACAAAGGGUUGGUGAAGAAAGAGGAGCCCAAUGUCAAAGAUAGACCUUACCCAGAUUGCCCCUUCCUAUUGCUGGACGUGCGGGACAGAGACUCUUAUCAGCAGUGCCACAUUGUUGGAGCCUACAGUUACCCAAUUGCAACUCUCUCUAGAACAAUGAACCCUUAUUCAAAUGAUAUUCUUGAAUACAAAAAUGCCCACGGCAAGAUCAUCAUUCUCUAUGAUGACGAUGAGAGACUGGCCAGCCAGGCAGCCACCACCAUGUGUGAGCGGGGCUUUGAGAAUCUCUUCAUGCUUUCUGGAGGUCUGAAAGUCUUAGCCCAGAAAUUUCCAGAAGGACUGAUUACAGGCUCCUUGCCAGCAUCCUGCCUGCAGGCCCCUCCUCUCAGCUCUACCCGUAAACGAUCCAGCCCCAAAGCUCCAGCCCUACCUGCGGAGAAUAAAUGGAGAUACACCCCAGAAGACUUAAAGAAGAUUGAAUUUUACCUGGAAGAGGGGUUGGGGCUCACAGAAAAUCCCAGCCGGCUGAGCCACACCAACACCCAUGGAAGAGACUUGAAGGUGCCAGGCCCCCACUGCAGUCAGAGCUUGUCCUCUGGUGGCCCCUCAGGCCCUUCCAGCUCCCGGUCUCAUGGUGCUGGUCACCUGCAAGGCAAGCCCUGGAAGUAAAGACCACGACUGCCCUGGUGGAAUAAAUGUGUCUCGCCUUUUGGAAUCCUUUUGGAAUCCCACCCCACCAUGGCAGUUCCCAGGUUGGUCAUUGAUGGGAUCUGCUGUGGCGGAGGAGGAGGAGGAGGUGGAGGAGGAAGAAAGAGCCUGCCAGGCCAGCCACUGGCCCCACUACCCCCCUCCGUGUUACCUCCUACCCCGUAUCCAGCAAGGAAGGGUCUUUACAAAAACCAGAGCCACAACAGGCCCAGAGAGUCUGCCCCUCUGUUUAUAGAACCUCUGGGCCUCUGAGAUGGAGUAAUGACAAGGAUUAUAGUUGUAGGCCUUGUCCCUUUUUUUUUUUUUAAAUAAGGUCCACCUUGUUUGAGUGGAAGCCUGCGUUGUUUCAGAAAUUCUUCACUCCUCUCUGCUAUGUGCUUCCUCACAAGUCUGGCCCACUCCCUGCACCCAGUUUUGUGAACCUUCUCCAGGCAGAUUUUAUACCACUGCCCCCCUUCAAGAAGCUGUCCAAGGGUAUAGCAGAUUCUUAGCCUUCUGCCACCCCCAGGUCCCCACCGGGGGUGCAUGGUUGGUGCCCUGUUGCCCCACAUUCAUUCUGUCAGUAAUUUGGAAACCAGAAUCUGCGAGUACUGCUGGCCCAGAGAAUGGUGCUCAGGCUUCCUGAAUGUUCUUCCUUGCCCUUUGGUAUCCUCCCACCCCCAUGGCCAUCAGUGGCCUGUGCCCUCAAGGAAAGCCCUUUCCAUCCUGCAGGGCCUCAUAAGCUCUGGGGAGCCCCUCUCUGCUCCCCUCACACCCGUCUGUCUCUCAUCUGUGCUCCCUUCAUCAGCCAUGGGGUUGGGUCCCCAGGAGAUGGAUAGAAAUGAAAUAGCCACUUGAAAACGUCGCCUUCAAUUGGACCAGGCAGGCGCAGCCACCGCUGCUGAGGUAGGACUCCCUGGUCCUUUGUCAGUGCUGACAACCCCUUAAGCCCUUGCUUUAAAAUACAGUAUUAGUCUAAUUGAGUAAUUAGUGCAAUUUCCUGCUUGCUUUUCAUUCUGAAGACUGAGCUGUGAUUAGGAGGCUAUGAUUAUAGAUUCUGGUUUGGGCCAGAAUUUUGAAAUCAGCAUUAAUUGAAUUGCUCGAUGACUGACAUUCAUUCCAUUUAAUUGGGGGAACAAAAGACCUCAGGUAAGGAUGAAGAACUCUGAAAUUAUCAGGAAAAGGAAAAGAGCCUUGUUAAUUUUUAUGGUCUGUGAUCUGUAGCUGUGAUAAGGGACCAAGGAAUAUAUUGUGCUCUUUGUCAUGGCAACCAGCAUCUGAAAAGCCAACUGAAAAUUGCUUAUCCUUAGGUGGUUAGUGCCGAGGGUAAGAGCCGCCUCUUUUAGCAGGACUAUUUUCUCACCAUCACCAAAAAAGAAAAUGAAAAAACAGAUGAAGAGUGAGAGAGAAAGUACCACAGUAUUUCUAGGAUGGGGGGCUGUGUUUGUAAGAAAAAUAAAGAUAAUAAAGAUCUCCUAGA